AUGGCGUCUGACGAAGCGAAGCCCGUGUUGACCAAGGAGGAGAAGGCGGCUAAGAAGGCGGCUAAGCUGGCGAAGAAACUGGCCAAGGAGCAGGCCAAGGCUGAGGGAUCCGACUCGAGCGUCAAGAAGGAGAAAAAGCAAAAGAAGGAGAAAAAGGAGAAGAAAGAGAAGAAAAGCAAAAAGCGCAGUCGUGAGGCUGACGAGGAGAACAACGAUACCGACCCGGCUGAGGAGACGGGCGAGAGUGAAGUGGAGGCACCCGCGGCCAAGAAGGCCAAAAACGAGAAUGCCACUCACGUGGGUGGCGAGGAGAACCCGUCGCUCGACAACUUCCGCAUCUGCGACGAAACUAAGAAGAACCUUCAGGCCCGUGGCAUCCACACGCUCUUCCCAAUUCAGGCCAUGACCUUCGACAAGAUCGUGGACGGUAAGGACCUCAUGGGCCGCGCUCGUACGGGUAUGGGCAAGACUCUGGCCUUCGCGCUGCCAGUGAUUGAGCUUCUACUUCAAGACAAGCGGCCGCGCGCGCGUGGUCGUGCUCCUCGCGUGGUAUGCAUGGCUCCUACACGUGAGCUGGCCAAACAGGUGGCCACCGAGUUCGAGUUGACGGGUCCGUCGUUGAGUACCGUCUGCAUCUAUGGUGGAGCUUCCUAUCAGUCGCAGAACAACGCGUUCCGUAGCGGUGUAGACAUUCUAGUGGGUACAACUGGCCGCGUUAUUGACCACAUUGACCGUGGCAACCUUCGUCUGCACAACUGCGAGUUCCUCAUCCUUGAUGAGGCCGAUACGAUGCUGGAAAUGGGAUUCCGUGAGGACGUUCAGAAGGUUUUCACGGCCAUGGAUCAGGUCAAGAACGAGAGCACCGGUAAACGCCAGACGCUGCUGUUCUCUGCUACGAUCCCCAAGUGGGUGAAGGAUGUGGCCGACAAGUACAUGAAGAAGGCCGAGUACGUCAACCUGGUCAAGGACUCGGACGACCAGGCGUCUACUGACGUGCAGCACAUUGCCAUCCCGUGUCACUGGCAGGGCCGGCCGACUUUGCUGGCCAACUUGCUCGGUGUGUAUGCUAAGAAGGACUCUCGUACGAUCAUCUUCGCUGAGACCAAGAAGGAUUGCAACGAGCUAGCUGUACACCCUGAGAUCAAGACGGAUUGUCAGGUUCUGCACGGUGAUAUCGCCCAGGAACAGCGUGAGACCACCAUGAAGGCUUUCCGUGAAGGCCGUCUGCGUCUACUCAUUGCUACAGAUGUGGCCGCCCGUGGGCUGGACAUGAACGUGGACCUGGUGAUCAACUCGGAGCCUCCUCGUAAGAUGUCGGGUAUGGCCGACGUUGACACGUACGUGCACCGUUCUGGCCGAACGGGCCGUGCUGGUAAGAAGGGUAUCUGUAUUACUCUGUACACGAACCGCCAGCGUGAUCAGCUCAACCAGAUUGAGCGCAAGAUUGGCAACAAGUUCAUCAUGAAGGGUCCACCUGACCAGGAGGACUUGAUCAAGGCAUCAGCUGCAAAGGCGUUGAAGGAGAUCGACAAUGUGGACCCGUCCAUGAUUGAAAUCUUCCAGGAGAAGGCGAGGGAGCUGCUUGAGACGAUGGAGCCGGAGAAGUGUCUGGCCGCUGCGUUGGCCUGCAUUACGGGCCACACGAAGCCUCCUCGUCGCACGUCGCUUAUGUCUGGUGUCCCUGACUACGUGACGGUGUUGUUCACAAGCUCCAACUUCAUCCGAGCCAAGGGCUACGUAUGGAACGCUGUGAACCGCGACAUUCCGGAGGAAAUCUCGAAGGAUAUCAAGCAGAUGACUCUGACCGAGGACGCGAUGGGUGCGUGCUUUGACCUGCCGAUUGCCGGCCUGGAACUUCUGGAGACGCAGAUGGAGGAAAGCGGCAUGAACUGCCCGUACUCGAUCCCCAAGACGUUGCCAAAGCUGCAGCAGUCAGCGUACCAGAUGCGUCCACAGAGCUACGGCGGCCGAGGUGGUGGCCGUGGUGCAGGUCGUGGCCGAGGUGGCCGUGGCCGUGGAGGCGGUGGCCGUGGACGCCGGUACUAA